UUGAGAAGGAGGAAAUUCAAAAAAACCAAACACAUAUAUUGAUACUGAGAGUGAGGCAUACCAAAAAAUGGCGAGCAAUAAAUUGGUUGCAAUGUUGUUGAUGGUGUGCCUCAUAGUGGCUGCUGGAGCUGUUGAGACGAAUGACAAGAAGGAUGAUAGUAACGAGAUAACACCACAGGCUACAUCAGAACAAUGCUUCCGUUAUUGCUACAAGGCAUGUGCCUUGCCCGCUGGCUUCUGCAAUUGGAUGUGUGGUCUGCGCUGCAAAAACCCAAUCUUCUUCGGCCCAGGCAAACCAGGCCAGUCCAGUAGUCUAAUUGUAAGCCAGUCUCCAGUCCAGUCUCCAAUGCCAAGCAUGUCAAUGGCGGAAGAGCACAACAAGAAGUUGCAUUAAUUCACUAUGACCUGCAAGAAAUGAAAUUGAAGGAUAUGAGGCGAAGAAGCAUGAUUUGCAGAAUGAGCUUAAGCAGAAUGCAAGGCUUUCUCAUGAACUAGGACAUAACUUUGUAUCAAUAUAUCAUAUAUAUCUUGUUUUCCUCCUUCUCCUCGCUUCUGAUUUGUUAAUUACCAUGAUGAUUAAUGAAUUAUUUUAUUUAUUACUAAAAUCAUAAUACCAUUAAUGAAUCAUUUUCCCUUGUUGUUGUGUA